AUGCCUUUUCCACCCAUCAGCCUCCACCAGCGGAUCUCAUCGCCUGGCAGGGAACUAUUCGGGAAAAAGAAAGCCAACGGAAUGCCUCCUCAGACUGAGCAAACCAGCAAAUCUUGCGGAGAGAGAGGGGGGUCGGAUAAGGAGAAACAGCCCACAUCUUGGGCAUCGGCGAAUUUAAGGAACUUGGGGCGAAAACCCCAGCAGGACAAAAAUAAAAGCCCCACUCAGAAGCCCGGUGCCGGGCAAGAGACCCAGGGAAAGCCCUCGUGGUUGAUGGUGCCCAAACCUCAGGAUUCAUCUGAAGGAGUCAGGCGCUCCAGCUCCAUGGACUCCACGAGACAACUCAGUGGAAAAGAGGAAGGGAAGAAGGAGAUUCAAUUUACACUCAGUCUCACCCCCGAAGCCAUUCUUGUUAUCCAAAAACGGAAUCUAGAAAAACAAAUGAUGGCAAAGCAACAAAAGUGUUGCGCCGGCACCGAUUUUCGGCACCGGCGAGUUUUUCCAUCCAAAAAGACGCACGGAGGGUCCAAGGGGUGCGCGCCGGCCGCCAAGGCGGAGAGCGCGGAGCAGGACAUCACCGCCAUCGUUAAAAUAUCUCUGCUGAAUGACCAAUACAAGUACGAUGAUGUGGAGUAUGAAGACGAGGACGGAGAUGUGGAUGAGACUGUUGUAAGGAAAUGCAAAGAGUGGCUAAAAGGGGUCGAAAAUGCCGCUGCUUUGGGAAAAGUCGACAAACUUUCCGCACUUCCGCAUCUCAAAGGCUGCUGA